AUGCGGCGCCGGAGGAACUCCUUCAUCACCAUGGGUGCAGUCAUGCCGAUGUCCUUCAGCCUCUUCAACCGGUGCCAGACGAAGGCGAGAUGCUUUUCCCCCUUCGCCCGCUUCCCCUCGCACCUCCCUCGCUUCGGCCCGAGCACUCCCCAUCCCCGCGCCAUCUUCGUCAAUGUGGCCAUCGGCCACAACUCGCCAAGCCGAAGCGUCGAGGGGCCUUGCUGGACUGAUCUUCGUCGACCCCAUCGCCUAGGAGCACACCGGGAGCCCGCCGUCGACCUCCACUGCGACUACGACCGGUACCUCGAGCUCGAGGCCACUCCACCAUCGUCGGCAUCCUCUUCUUCCACCUCGGCCGCGACGGGCGCCAUCGACGUUUUGCCAUCGCAUCGCAUCGACCGUCGCAAGCUCCCCACCGGUCACCUCUCGAUGGUGGAGCCCAGGAACCAGAUGCCACCGUCGACGACUACUACUACUACCGCGAGGAGAUAA